CGAUUUUCUCACUGCGCAAAAGAAUUCAAAGGGAUAGGCUUCAGCACUAACGCUAUCCACUCAGGCCACAAGCCAACAUUUGGCAUGAAAUGAGCCUUAUUUAGGGGGCAAUUGGCAUCUCAAUCAUGCACGCGCACUGACCCGGGUUUUGAACGUACGUUGGCCGCUUCAGUGAGCCCCGUUGAGUUCAUUUCUGGAACCGUUAAGCAGACACUCUGCGAGGCGCAAGCGUUAUAUUGCCAUGGGAAGAAAAGCGUGCUUCGGUUCUGUACACAUAAGAGCUCGCUACACCUCGCGAGGGUGCUCGGAUCGAUAACGGCAUGUUAGGAUACUCGACAAUGGCCAUUCUUAACACUUUGAUCGUCGCGCUUUCGGCUCUUACUGCCAUCACCGAGGCGGUGCCGUACAACCCUAGCUACCCUGGCCUUGAGCGUCGUCAGCUCUCCAAUGGCACUUUCACCAACGGUACCGUUGUUGCUGAUCCCGCUGAGGAGACCACCACCAACUAUGUGACCUUCACUGAGUUCGAGACUUCCACUACCACCGUCUCGGUCCCUGCUCCCUCCACCGCUACUCAAACCCAGACCAUCUCCGUUGGCGCUGUGUCCACCAUCACAGCCACCAAGCCCUGGGUCGUUUCUAAGACCAGCACCUAUGAGUACCCCACAACGGUGGCUACCAGCACCGACAUCGAGACCGAGACCGUGAAGACCAUUUCCCGCUCUAUCAAGAACGUCAUCUGGACCAAUACUGUCUCCGUCCGUGCUCCCACCAUCACCACGACUGCCUGGUCAACCGAGACCGAGACGAAGUGGAAGAAGGAGACUGCUGUCGUCAAGAAGGGAAAGAAGACUACCACCAUUACUCCCACCAUCACGGUUAUCCCUACCUUCUACUCUACCGUCUGGACCCGUCCUACCAAGACUGUCGUCAGCUCCGUCAAGUCCACCAAGAAGGUGACCAAGGCUUGCUCUUCUUCUACCACUAGCAAGUGGAGGAACAGGCGUGCCGUCGCUGACGAGACCUCCACUACUACCUCUACCGUCGUCGAGACCUCUACCUUCACCUCCGCCGUCCCCACUACCACCACCUCCAUCACCUCCACCCACUAUACCUCCACCACCACUUCUUACCCCUUCACCACCACCAGCACGGUGGUCAUCUCCUCUGCUUACCCCGUCACCGCGGAGGAAGAAUCUACCACAACUGUGACCACUUACACCAAGACCUCCGUGAGCUCCAAGGCUACCGCUCGUCGCACCACCACCAAGACCGUCGGUAAGCCCAAGACUGUCGAGGUCGAGUCGACUACCACCGAGACUGCUGAGCGCACCUCCACUGUCUUCGUCACCGUUCCCUCUUCGUGGAUUACCAAGACCGGUCGCCGCCAGACUGUUUGGGGAAAGAAGAACACUGUUAAGGUCACCAAGACUUCUGGAAAGCCUACUACUACGUACGUGAAGAGGAUUCAGCUCGUUACUGCGACUGUUACUCCUACCAACUGCGGCAAGAACUCUAACUCCAGGGAGAGGGAUUAGGUCAUGAAAAGACUUGUUGUGGAUAGGCAUAUUACCCUUUAGCUUUACCUAAUUUUACCACCGGGCAGUGACUCGACUUUGGCGAGUUUGCCUUUCAUUUCAUCGUCCAAUCAGGCGUGGG